AUGACAGUUGCAGGUUUGAGAUAUCGACAAAAGGUGUACGAUGCAGCCCCCACGGUCACGAAGAAUGGUAGUUUCAUCUACGGAGGAUCGCCAGAAGACUACCAUGAGUGGGAAUUCCGAACACAGUUACGGAUUGCAGCCCAAGAACAACGAUCCCGGAAAGUCCGUAAGAAGAAGAAGGAUGAGUCGUUUACAACUUCAAGCAAGCCCAAGACAGGGAAGAAGGAGAGAACCCCGAAGGGAGCAUCGUCAGAGAGAGGGUCGGAGCAUGGACCUAGAUCGGAAGGGUCGUUUGAUGGAAUGGAAGGUUUCAUCCACGAAGACGCUGAUGAGCGUGGCCGCGAUCAAGAUGGCGAUUCAGAAGAAGAUGAUGACGGCAGGAUGGAAACAGUUCUUAAAGUGCUUGAGGGUUUGAGAGGUGAUGCUUUCCAGAAGGCGAAGGAUUUGGGCAUUGCCAAGUUGGGUGAAAAGAAUGGACUUCAAGUUCUGAUUGAUGAGAUAAAGAGGAUGGUUUUCCCGCUUGGUACACAGGAAGCUCAGGCUUUGUUCCGCAGUGGUCAGGACAAGUUCGGACCCUUGGCUAGGCAGCAGACCGAGUCUGUUGUCAGCUACGUAGGCAGGCGCCGUCGUUGGUGGCUGCUCAUGCAACAGCUAGAUCCUCGGAUUAGUCUUUCGGACAGUUUGAGGGCCGAAUUGCUACUGGAACUUAGCGGUCUGACUAGAGAUCAGCAAUUGAUGAUCAAGGCAUGUGCCGGUGGGAUAGAUACCUUUGAAGGUUAUGCGAAAAUCAUGAUUGAGCAUCACGGACUGAUUCACCUACGCAGUCAACGUAUCCUUGGGUCACAGGACAGUUGGCCGAAGGGAAAAGGAAAGGAUCAAGGGAAAGGUACUACGAAGGGUUUCCCCAAGGGAAAAGGAUUCGGAAAAGGAUUCGGCUCUUCAAGUGCCUCACCUGGAUGGAAAGCGUACGUGGCAGAGAUACCCGGAAGCAUGCCUGAGAACGUGAUGUACACACAUGAAGAAGAAGAAGAACACUGGGGUUAUGUCACUAGCGCACAUGAAGAGCAGUAUGAGGCGGAGAGUUGGUAUGACGAUGAAGCUAGUCAUGCAAUGGUGAGUCAGAGUAGCGAGAUGGAACAAGUGGAAGAGGUCUCGGAUGAAGACGUGGCUACCGCCUUGAACGUGAUGGAGUCUUGCGAUCAUGAAGCCCACAUGGAUACCACAGCCGAAGCAAUUCAACUUCAGCUAGCCGCUAACAUGAUCAUGGGAAAGGCUGGUGGUAAGGGCAAGAAAGGCUCGGGAAAAAGUAAAGGCCAGAAGGGAUUCCCUGUGGUGAAGUCUAGCUUGACCAUAGAAGAGAGGAAGAAGAGACUGCAAGAGAUAAAGUCCCGAUCGAAGUGCCUGAAGUGUGGACAGGUAGGUCACUGGAGCGGGGAUCCCCAAUGCCCCAAGGGACGCGGAGCGCCCAAGGUUCCUCCGAAGCAGGCUUUCAUUGCGACUCUGUCAGAUUCUAGCGAUGAUGAUGAGGAUUGCCUGGUGAUUUCCGAUGGAGGACAAGGGACGCCUCAUGCCAUGAUGGCCUACAAGGCAGGCGCAACGCCGAAGUCAAGCGCCGCACCUAGACUGUCACCUUCCCAGGUACGUGAUCUGUGUAGUCAGGUUGUGCCACCCGGAGGGAAUCAGAGAUUCAAGUUCGGGCAACAUACAGGAUUGUCGUUUGAGGAAGUGACGUGGAAGUACCCGGGAUAUGCGGUAUGGGGAUUCAAGGAGAAGAAGCCUUCGUUGUAUCUUGCAGCAUAUCUGGAUUGGGUGCGCAACUACUACGAGAUCGAUGAAGAUACAGUAGAGGUCACUAGGCGAGAGAUUCCUCUCGACCGUAUGGGACCAUCUCAAGCCUCUGGACCGUCCGGCCAGGGAGCGCAAGUGUCUGCACCAGCAUCAUCCAGUCACUAUACGGCGAAGAAGAAGCCCCCGAAUCCUCCACUCCCGGUGAAGUGCAGGGUGUGUAAGGACGUCAGCACACGUGGAACCAAUGCGUACGUAACGGUGAGGACUUGCAGGGAUUGUGGACAUGUUGAGAAGAUAAAGAAGACCCAGCCAGAGAAGAAGGACAUCACACAGUGCAGUCAUGAGCAUACGAGCGGAUUGGGCAGUUCUAGAUCGACGAUGAGAGUCUUUUGCAAGGAUUGCGGAAAUUUCAUCGAUGAGAUGCCACGAGAAGAAGCAAAGCGCAGAGAGAGACGACAGGUAGAGAAUGAGUUGGUAGCGCAAGAUUGUGCAGGGGAAGUACCGUCUAUCAAGGUGGGUACGCUACAUGCAAUCGUGCAAGACAGUGUUCUAGCAGCAGUGGUAGAAGAGGAGAGACCACAACCCCCGACAACGACGCAGAUCCCCGACAUGCCGUCACGCGCACGCGCUUUCCCAGGUCAUUCGAUGUCAGCAGCUGCGGGAAGCGAGAGACGAAGGACCACGAUGUCUGACAUGGAUGAAGAUAGCUUGAGUGGGUACAUGGCGGUUCUUCAGGAUGACGAGGUUGCUUUGACCCUACCCGAGGUAGAUUUGAUGUCCAGCCCUGACAUUUACGCAGUGCUUGAUGAAGGUGCAAAUAGCUCCGUUGCGGGUGGAGUAUGGAUGCGUAACACAGAGCAGAAGCUACACCGCCUGGGGUUUGAGGCUCUAUGGAUGAGUUCGGAGGCCAAGACCUUUAACGGGUUAGAUUCCACCACUUCUACCCUGGGUACGAGACGCAUUCCUUUUUCCAUAUUGUUAUUCGACCUUGACCGUUCCGGCAAGGGCAAGACAUAUGAAGGGGAUGAACCCGAGCUUAGUGGAAGGAAUUUGGUGUCGGGACUUCUGGAUGUUCACGUUCUUCCGGAGUCGAACAACGCCCCUUUGCUGCUAUCCCAAUUUGCUCAAUGUCGGCUUGGACUGGUCAAGAACAUGAGGGACUUUACAUGCACGAUACUCAGAGACAACAUAGAGAUGCAUGUGCCACUAGCCCGUGCAAAAGGAAGCAAUCUCCUAUGCAUCAACCUCAGCACUGGUCUGAAGCAUCGCAGCGUACUACCGAAGGGAGUACGAAAGCUUUCGACAGCAUCAGCGAAUGGACCCAUAGUGCUACCCCGGAACAAGAAGGCACGGAGUCACGAGAAGCAAGAUGAUCGGAAUGAACCAUGCAACGAACGUCCCCAAGACGAUUCCCCAACCCUUGAGGGUCGUUUGAAGGGUGGAGAGCUUGGUUUCACCGAUGGCCCUGUGAACUCUGAUCCUGCGAGUCUUGUGAGCUCAGACAAGCCCUCGAGCUCUGGCAAUCUUUUGGAUGUGAGUUCCGAUCGUUUGCAUACUGCUGCGACAUCCACUACUUUUCCCGGCGAAGCUGAGACAUCUGGUGGCCGGCUGGUAAUCGCACGACUGCACGACUGUUUUUAUUGGCUCCGUGGGGCAUCGCAGUGGAAGGCGUAUGCAGAUGGCCAUAAGCAGUACGACUCUGAGGCUAAACGGGCCGCGCUCGAGCUGGUGAGAUCAGUUUUCGGGCCCCAGGUGCCCAGCAACGGCUCAUGUUUCGUCUGCGACCUCGCUGCAGUAUCCGACCCGGCACCCAUCACGAACCAUAUAGGGAAGAGCCCCGCUAUUUUGGAUCGGGUGGCGCAUGCCCCGGCUUUGGUUAAUGCUCUUGCUGGCCUACGCACCUGGGUAGCUAAGAGCACCCGGCCUUCCUCGAUGUACAUCUUAUUUAUUUGCACUGCUGCGAGACACCGAUCUGUGGCCGCUUGUGAGCUGACCACAGCUAUCCUCGAUGCUGAGUGCAAUUUUGAGAUCGUACACGCUGGUCGUGAUGACAGUUGGGCAUCUAUGCGCUCCUGUUUCGGCCGCUGGGAGUCGACCAAUCCUCCUGCAGCUGUCGCUAAGGUCAUGAAGGACAUGCGACGCAGCAUCGCCUACACCCACGUUAGCUGGGAUGAGCCGACGCUGCGGGGCUCUGGAUGGUACGGGCCGUGGAGACGAGCGGUGCCAUCUCAGGAGGUCGUCGACCUGGAGCAGGAGACGCCCAGGCCUUCGCAGAGGCAUCCUGGGGCAUACAGCGGUACGGACCGCGUGCGAGAAGCGCCCACGGGCUCGGGAGCCUCGGGUCGUGAUCUUUCCUCGCAAGAAGCUGCCCUGCAGGCCGAGAACGCGAGGCUGCGCGUGGAGCUGCUGGCUGCGGAGAACGAUCGCCUGAGGAGCGAGCUGCAGUCUUUGCAGGGAGGCCGAGACCCAAUCCCUCGGAGAGGGGAGCCAACUGAGCUUCGCAGCGAUGCUGAUGUGAGGGGCCGAGCUGCAGCUAGGACUGAGGCUCGCACUCGCGAGACAUUGCAGAGGUCGCGAACGCCACGCAUUUUGCCUGCGGAACCUAGUGUGCCACCACCGCUUUGGAAGAGGAUCCCGCGAACCAGCGGCGCUAUUGCGGAUGAUUGGAGGCAUGACAUCACCCACGAGGUUGGUCCGUGGCUGGAUCGUGGCAUUUUGGCGGAGUUGUUGGAUACAUUGGGCUCGCGUAUUAGCAGCAAGUUUCUCCGUUGCAAGCAGGAGCUUUGGUGCGGUCCUUCAGAUGAGUUGCAGACGGCCGAGAACUUCCGGCAGAACAUCCGUGUUGUUUUGUAUGAUGUCCGUAAGGGCAUGGAUAUGAAGCAGUUGCCACGUUUUGUUGCGGUUCCUCGGGAGAUGCAUCCUCUGAGUUGGAGUGAGGUGGCCUUCACGAAGCGUGGUCGGACGUGGACAUCUCGGGAAGGAGACGCGGGGUCUACCGAGAUCGAUUCUGGAGCCGACUUCGUCCUGGUCGUGCAGCACCCUACAUAUCACAGCAGCCUUGCAUAUGAAAAAGAGAAGCAGGCCUACACAGCAAUCAUGAACCCUACCCAGCGCAACAGUUACCGAUCUGGUGUUCGCACGGUUUGCAUGAUGGAUAGAUGCACAGCUAUGGUUGCUGGUAUUCCCUCGUACAGCCCAGACUCAGAUCCCGCGACUACCCUGAUACUCAUCCAUGACAACCAAGAGUUCCCCUUGUGUCCCGGAAUUUCCCAAAUGUCGCCGAAGGAUUACAAGAUCACCCGGCUCGUCCACGAGAUCAACGAACACAGGCCAGGUCUGAUCGUGUACAAGGCCUUGGAACCGGAUUCUAAGAUCAUCAUGGAUUUGCUUUGUGAGUCUGACGCCUCAGGAGUGACUGUUUGCGUCCUGUCUCCCAUGUCCAUGAUGCCUUACUGUGGAGUGUACACCCAUGAGUGUGAGGGAGAUGCGGAUAUGGUGUGCGUUGGACCGUUGGCCCGCACUAUUGGGAAGGACAUCUGUGUGUGGUUUGAGGGUGAUGGUUACACACCCAAAGCAUAUCAGGACACAAAUCAGCAUAAGUUCGUAGAUCUCUUGAAGACCAUUGCUGAUGAAGCGUACCUCGAGAUGAUGUCGAGCGCGAUGGUUGCAGCCACAGGUGGCGAUUUGGACGAUGUGCCUGAUUACGAGCCUGACACACCCGAAGGGUCGGAUGUUGAAAUCGCUGGAGGUGUUGGAGAUCUAGAAGGGGUAUCUUCAGGAGGUGUUGAAGAAGCACAGGUGAGAGAAGAACAGGAGAGAUUGGUUGAGCAAGCCAUGAAGCCGCCCAUGACACCCGAGGAACGUGAGAGGGCAUGGCUAGAAUCCCUUCCCCUUCCAGGAGUGCCUAAAAACGAGCAAGAGAGGAGAGCACUGUGGCGCAAGCUGCCGCAGAAGGUCCGAGUGGCAAUCCGUCGAUUGCACAGGCAGUUCAACCACCCUGCCCCUAGGACCCUCGAAGCGAUCUUGAAGGCAGGAGGUGCUUCAAAGGAAUUCGUGCAGGCUGCCAAGCUUGUACGAUGCGACACAUGCAUCAAAACAUCCGGGAAGCCGAGAGGACAUCCGGUGGGGUCUGGAACGAAGGAGUACCAGGUUGGAGAUGCACUUGGAGUUGACAUCCUUGAGGUGGUUGAUUCUGACAAACAGCGGUUUCAGUGCAUGAAUAUGGUCGACAUAGCCUCUGGUUUCCAACAACUUGAGGUUCUGCGCCCAGUGUCGAAAGAGCCCCCGAAGGUCUUAAUGGCCGAUAGGGGCACCCACAACCGGGAGUUGCUCUCCAAGUGGGCCGCAGAGAAAGGAAUCGACCUGAAAUAUGCUCCUACUGAGGCUCCAUGGCAACUAGGAAAAGUCGAAAGACAUGGUGGCCUAGCCAAGGCCAUAGUUCGCAAAGUGAUUCAUGAAACGCCGGUGCGUGGAAUCACGGAAGUCAGGCGGGCUGCGCAAGAGGUAGUGGCCAUCAAGAAUGCUAUGGUCAACUCUGGGGGCUAUAGUCCUCAACAGUGGAUCACAGGCCGCAAUCCGACCGAACCUGGUGCCCUCACCCAUGAGGAUGGAUGGGCAGACCUGGGUGCCUUGGAGGCGAGGCACAGCAAGGACAGCGAGUUCGCCCAGAGACAUCAGAUGAGGAUGAACGCCAAGCGUGCGAUGAUUCAUCUAGAUUGCAGCCGAAGAGUCCGAAAAGCCCUCACCCGCAACGCUGUCGCUAUCCGUGAAGAUUAUUUGCCUGGCGAUUUCGUAGUGUACAGGCGGGACAUGCAGACUGGUGGAACUAAAUGGAGCUCGGUAGCGCGGGUUAUCGGGAAAGAAAACUCGGAAUCGGUAUGGGUGGUGCAUGCAGGCAUUCCCAUCUUGUGCUCAGCGCAUUCCUUGCGUCCUGCGUCCGAGGAGGAAGUGAUGUCCCAUUGCAUGUUGAAAGGGACCCCGAUUUUACCUGAGAGUCUGACAGAAGGGCCUCGAGGGAAGCAAGGGUUUAUUGAUGCUAGAGAACCGCUGGAGGUCUCAGAACAGCAGCAAAACUCGCCCGAAGCAGGUAGCUCAGAGGACCCUCGAAAGCCCAAGCCGUCUAGACAACCGCCAGAUUCGCCCGAAGCAGGAAGCACACAGGACCCAAAGAAGCGGAAGAUCGUGGUGAAGCAGGCCGAGGAUGCCCCAAUCGGUGCGAGCUCGAGUUCCAGUUCGAGUUCAAGCAGCGACUCGGAAGAUGAUGCUAAGAUAGCAAUAGAUAAGACGGGCGAAGACAAUGAAGCAUUUGCCGUGGAGGAGAUUGCCAUGUCACAAGCAGAGCAGAUGGCCAAAGAGGCGCUAGACAGAGGCGAUUUCAGGCCAGGUACUUGCUUAGAAAUCCUGAGGGCAACGAAGAUGAAGCAACGAAAAGGGGAACGAGAAGCGACAAAAUCCGGGAGAAGCUACAGCCUGGGUGCCUAUGCGCAUGGACCGUUCGCAGGUUUGACGAAUGCCACCAUGGAACAGGUAUGGUUUGUGAGGUAUGUGAACGAGUACCUGAAGGCAAAGGGUGCCACCGAAGGAUGGUCAAGUUUCGUGGUGAAUUUCAACACAGAAGCAAGUUUGCACAAGGACUCCAACAACCUGCCCGGCUCCAUGAACCAGCUCACAAGCCUAGGUCCUUUCACAGGAGGAGAAUUGUGGGUCAGGGACUCGAGUGCUCGUGGAAAGCAUGCAGAGUAUGAGGGCCGCGCGGGUAGACUGUUGGAAAGCAGGCAUAAGAUAGUUGCCUUUGGCCCUGAUCAACCUCAUGCGACAAUGCCGUUCGAGGGAGAGCGUUGGUCCAUAUCCACUUACGCCAGCAGAGGUUACGCCAGCCUGGACAAGGAACAGAGGAAAGCCUUGAAGUCGCUCGGUUUCCACACUGAGCCGCUAGAGGCCCUGAUGAAGGACACCGGAUACUUGAGCUACAGAAACGGGGUUGAGAUUGAGGAGAAUUCGGAUGUUGCAGAGGAAAUGAGUCCUAGCAGUUGGGAACAGGCCAUAAAUGAGGCGACAUCGCAUGAUGGAUCGGAAGACUACUGGCAGGUAAUGAAAGGCCACUUCAUCCGUGUACACAAGAAGCCCCGCGAAAUGCUCUACACCCCCGAUGAAAGUGAUUUCCCAGGUAGCAUUGAUGAGAUCAGCUAUUCCAGAAGCACUUACAAGACGUUUGCAGAUGGAACCGAACAGACAGUAGAAGACGAAUGGGGAAUGAUCCGAGAAGCAGACUCGAAAGACAGUCGUGAGUGGACAGGAUUUACAUGCUUCAAACAAAAGCUCUUCGGUUCGGCCGACCUGUCAUCGCUGCCGGAUGCACCAGUAUCGGAUGCAGGUUACAUCGCUUUCAUGACGGAGAGGUUUGCCAAGACCGCGAUCGCAGAAGAAGCAGCUCAGGGUAAGAAGCCCAAGAAACUCGACAUCAGGGAUGUGGAUGAGAGAACUCGUGAUGGAAUUUUGGGUGCACGCGGCGACGAGUGGAAGAAGUACCAGACAUGGAAUGCCGCAGUUCCUAUCCAAGGUGAGUUGCUGGGCAAACUUUUGCAAGAGGGUCACAAGCCCGUGCCAUCCCAAUGGGUGGAUGUUGACAAACACGAACAUCUAAAAGGCACUGAGGCUUACACCCCCAAAUUCCGCAGCAGACUAGUUUCGUGCGGAAACUUUGAGGACGUAGACAAAAGCCAAUUGCGAUGCGACUCUCCGACGGCGGAAGCCGAAACACACUGCAUGAUCGCGAGUUAUGCAGCUUGCCAUCGCCUACGGUUGUACUGUGGAGACGUGUCCUCGGCGUACUUUCAAUCGGAACCUCUCGAACGUGUGAUUCUCAUGAAGCAGCCUAGAGGAGGCCUACCAGGCGUGGACCCUGAAGCCAUGUUGCUAUGCCGUCUUCCAGUGUAUGGAACCAUGGAUGCAGGUCGUGGAUUCUUCGUGCGACUCAGCAAGGCUGCUCGACAAGAGGGGCUGAAGAUGUCCAAGAUCGGCCCUGGACUCUACUACGUCCCUGGAACCGACGGAAUACCGGCGGUCAUGUUGGGGACGCAUGUCGAUGAUCUGCUGUGGGCCCAUACAGACGAAGGCAAAAAGCUAAUGGACAGGGUAUUAUCCCACUUUGAGCUAGGAAAGAUAGAGGAAGGCGAGUUCCGAUAUUGCGGUCGACGCUUCAGACAGGACAGUGAGUACAAUGUAUCCAUCGACACGGAGGUUGUAGAUCUUGCAAGAGCAGAAAUGUCAAUGUCCAUGAACUACCCUGCCGGAUUGUUCACAUGGAAGGAAGCAUGCGUGGUGAGUUUCAGUGAUGCUUCGUUUGCUGGGGAGCCAGGUUUCAGAAGCCAGCAGGGACGCAUCCACUACAUCACGGCAGAGAGCAUGGUAGACACGAAUACCCAUGUGGCGCACAUCAUUGGUUAUGCUUCCACCACCAUCCGUCGCGUGUGCCGAAGUACAUUGCAGGCGGAGACCUACGGGAUGCAAGGAGCAGUCGAGGCAGGGGAUCGCAUCCGCGCUAUUCUCUGUGAGCUCAGAGGUCAGUUGCCAGUGUUGAAGAACUGGUUGGAAGAGUCGCAGAAGCAUAUGCGACACGAGUGGGUGAGUGACUGUCGCAGUCUCACUGAUCAUCUGGGUACAUGCCAUGGAAACAAGGUAACGGACAAAAGAUUAGCCAUCGAGUUGGAAUCAAUGAGACAACAGCUGUGGUGUGAGGACGUCAAGACCCACGAGCUGUACAAGCCCCACGGUGACAAACUGAGGUGGACAGACACUGCCACCCAGGUUGCCGACGCACUCACGAAGAGUAUGCGUCCACAUCAGCUCUUCCGUAUGAUGCAGGAAGGGAAGGUCAUCCUGAGU